CUGCUGCUGCUAGCACCGGAUACUGCUGCUGCACCUGCACCCAGCAGCGCGUGGAUCAGCGGGGCAUGGCUGGCGGCGGGGUGGGUGAGCAUGGCACUGGAGGCGGGGGUGCUGCUCUUCCUCAUGCACGGCAUCCGCAUGUCCGCCUCCGAGGCCCUGCUGCGCACCGCUGUCAUCGCUUCCAUCCUCGCUGGCGCUGACGCGGCAGUCAAGGCGUCGCUGGUGUUCCACCACGCGCUGCCCCUCUUCCACCCACGCCUUGACGUUGCCACGCCGGGUGCCGUGUGGCUCUUCUGGCUCGCCCACGACGCCCUCCGUGCCGCCGUCUACGCCGCCCUGCUCUCCCUGCCGCUCUCCCAGUGGCGCGACACCCUCCCUG